AUGCUUCAUCUAGAAAUCGAAGUAUAAUCUUUGUAGUUUUUUAUUGAAAAAUAUUCAGAAUAAUGCAAAAUAGUCAUUCACGAUGGUAAUAUACAAAUCUUAUUAAUAGUAAAUGAAUCUAAAAUUUUGACGUCUAAAAUAUUGAGUCAAUGUUCGAGUGUUUAAGAUAUAAAUGAAGUUGUUGAGUUUGAUUUUUAUUAUACUGAAAACCGAUAUGUAACUUCCAUAUAUCUAAUCUAGUUAAAAAUAAUGGUUCAAGAUUGCAAAGUAUGCUAUGGAGAAGCAAUUCUGAAUCUAGGUUUUUAUAUUGAAAAUAAUUUACCAUUGGUUAUUGAUAAAAUUCCAAUACAUAAUAGAUAUGAUCAAGAAGCUUAUAUUUAGGUGGGAUUGGCAUGGAACUAAUCAAAUUAAUGUGAAUAUAAACGACUUGGAAACAAUAGAUGGUAUAAUUAUAUAUCGAAUUAAGUAAAAUUAACUAGGAAAUUAAAAAAAGUGAAGAGUGGCUUAGAUAAAAGCGAGAAUGUCAGCAUUCCCCAAUAUAAGAAAGAGGAGAAAUUUUGAAUCAUAAUAGAGAAGACACUUUAAAGAAAUAUUCUGAAUAACCAAGUAAUUUUGAAAAUCAUUUAAAAUAUUCUGAAGCUGAUAAGCUAAAUGAAGCUGAAGGAAAUACAAAAAGAUAAUAAACUGUAAGAGUUUAGAAAGUUAGUUUAUUAUAAUAAUAAAAAUCCAAGGAAGAAAAAUCUGAUUUAGAUGGCCUUGUUGCUUUGAGAGAAAAUAAAUUUGUAGUUCCUGGCAAGAGAAGGACCAAAAAUGUAUAGAAUCAUGAGGAAAUAAUGAGAGGCUCCACUAAACCUAAAGCAAAUCCAAAAAAGUUAGAUUAAUUUGAUAAUUUCCAUUCCAGACCAACUUAAAAUGAGCAAGCAUUGUUAUUAUCUUGUAGAUAAUUAGAGAAGGGAGAAUAGGAUGAGAAUUCGUUACAAAUUUAAAUCUAGAUGUUACAAUAUUAGAAUAAAUUAAUGAAACAAUAAAAUGAGAAGCUAUUGGAGUAAAUUAAGAAAUCAGAAGCUGCUUUUAAUUUGUUAUCAGAAACUUACGCUGCUCUUCAAUCAGAUUAUAAAAAAAUGCAGAUUCAAAGUUUCAACAGUAAUUUUAGUAACUCAUUUAUUAAUGAAUUAUAUAAUUUACCUGAAAAGAAUAGUAAGGAAAUUUAGUAAAUCAAAAAGGAGUCUGAAAUACUUAAAAAAGAAAAUGAAAUCCUUUUGAAAGAGUAUGAUAUUUUGAAGGAUGAGAAGGAUUCACAAUAACAAAAAUAUAUUCAAGAGAUAUCAAAAUUGAAUGAAGAACUAACUAAAAUAAAGAGCAAUAUUGUUGAAUUAUAAAAAGAAAAGAUUGCACUCUAAAACUAUGUAGAAUCUCUUAAGGAUUCUUAAAUUAACAAAGAAUAUUGCAUUUGCUUGUAAAAGGAAGAACUUAAAGCAAACAGAGAUAAAUUAUAGUAUAGUACAAGUAUUUGUGUAGAAACUAUCUAUUAAGUUAAUGAUGAAAAAGGUAGAACUAAGGGUUCUAAAAUUUAGAUUGAUAAUUUAUUAAAAAAUGAAGGAAAGUAAAAAUAAUAUACAAUUUACCCCUAGAUUUAACUAAUUAUCACGAUCAGAAUUACAAAAAUUGGUAUAUGAAUAUUCCAAUGAAUUAUAAAUUAGUUAAAAAGAAAAUCAACAAUUAAGUAUAGAUUAAAUAUUAUUCUAAGUACUUAAUUCAAAGAAAGAUUAAAUAAGACUUGAGAGCAAUCAAAAAGAAUUAGAAAUAACAAAAGUAAUUAUCAUUAUUACCGUGAUAGAGAAUAGUUAAAUUAAGUGAUCAAAGAUGUAGCUCUCUAGAACAUUAAAUUGUAUAAUUGGAGAAAGCUGUUCUAAAUGGCAAAUAAAAUAUUGCUGAUAUGAUUAAUGCAGUAAUGGAAUGCGGAGGAUAAAAACUAUAUGAUUAAGUGGAAAGAUGUUUGGCCUUUAGAAGAAGUUUAAAAUUAGAAUGAAUUUCA